AUGGGCAAAUUCCGGCCCAGCAAUAUUCUAGGCGAUCCGUUCGCGCUUGCGACCGUCUCAAUUUCAAUCCUGGCGUGGCUCAUUGCCUUUAUUUCAUCUAUUAUCGCUGGUGUGCAAGAAACAAAAUACCCUAACUACUCAUGGUGGGCCAUCAGCUAUAUGUUCUGUGUCGUUGUGGGCUUGACCGCGACUUUUGGCACUGAUACGGGUCACGUAUAUGGUGUUGCGAUUGUCGGAUACCUUGCCUGCGGUCUCGUCCUAACAUCCACGAGCGCAAACAACCUGAUCUACGAAAACCAUGGCUCCAUGCAGGCAGCAGGCGCAGGUUUCAUCUUGCUGUCCAUGAUCAUCAUCAUCUGGAUCUUCUACUUCGGCUCCUCGCCGCAGGCCACUCACCGCGGCUUCAUCGACUCCUUUGCUCUGAACAAGGAACAGCCCCCUGAGCCCUCCUAUCGCGGCAGCCGCCCUAUGUCCAGCGCAUUCGGUACCCGCCCAGAGACCAUGGCGACCAGCAACACCCCGCAGAUGUACACCUCUGCUCAACUGGGCGGCUUCGAGACCUCGUCUCCUGUCUCUGGAUAUCCCGGCGGCGCGCCCGGCACCGAACGUUCCUCAUCUGCGCCUCGCUUUGGUACCCCCAAUCCCCCGACGACCGGAAACGGGGAGCAAGAAGCGGGCGAAGUGCCUCAGCCUACGGAUUACCCUUAUCGGGCCAAGGCGAUCUAUUCAUACGACGCCAACCCAGAGGAUGCCAAUGAAAUCAGCUUCGCCAAGCACGAGAUCCUAGAAGUAUCCGAUGUGAGCGGCCGAUGGUGGCAAGCUCGGAAGUCGAACGGAGAUACUGGCAUCGCACCGUCGAACUACUUGAUCCUUUUGUGA